UGUCUGAACCGGCAUUUACUAAAUAUUCUCCUUUUUGUCCAACCGCAAUACAACAAAUUCUUACAUCAACUCAGCAUCUGCCAACUUGACCUCUGCAUUCUUUACGGGUCCGAUAACCGACGUAGAGCUGUAAGGAUGAAGAUUGAAAACAGCCUGCCAUGCUCUCAGCUCCCUGAGGCCCCACCGCAGACUGGGCUACAGUUUACAGUGGCAACAGAAGAGGACUUUGAUGACAUCAUGGCUAUGAGCAAGGAUAUCUAUGGUGGCCUGGACUACCUUCCCUCUCGCUAUCAAGACUGGCUGCAGGAGAGCAACCGCACUGUUAUUUUGGCUCGCAAACAAGGCAAAGUGAUUGCUCUGGAGUCAGUAUGUGUUAUUGAUGAUGGGGAGACCAUGCUGGUGGAAGGGCUUCGUGUUGCCCCACAGGAGAGGGGGAAAGGUGUGGCUGGGGUACUACUCCGAUAUUGCUCUCAGCUGGUUAAGUCCAAGUAUCCUGACGUUAAAGUCAGCAGAUUGACCAGAGAUGACCAACUGGGACCAAAAGACUUCCAGAAGUACCGGCUCAUCACCAAACAGGGAAUCCUCCUGGUGCGCUUCCGCGCUGAAGACUUAAAAUUACGCCUUGCUGAUCUCGGGCCUAAUAUCAGUAUUGCUGGGAUGGGUCUGUCCUCAACAAACAUCCCGGUACAUUUGGAGCCUGCAGAGGUGCACCAGCUCUUCUUAAGUGAUGUUCUAAUGCAGGGUGUCCUCCCCAAUGCCACCAUCGUUCAAGAUUGGCAACCCUUCAAGCCUCUUUCUAGCAACAUGGCCAUUCUUCUGAAGAAGGACAUUGAUUGGAUGGUUGAUGAUGCCAUACAUCCAACCAUGGUCAGCCUGUGCACCUUUCCAUUCCGUGUGCCAAUCGGUGAUGACUGGUACUACCUUAACAUCGACAUGUUUGGCAAAGACCUGGUGCUGGCCAUACAGCAGCUUUUGUGCCACCUGAGGUGCCACACUGGCACUCUAAAGGGUUAUGUGAUGUGUCAGGUGUUCCUGGACCCAGCACUCUGGAAGACAAUGGAAGGCUUCUUUAGGGAGACGCUUAAGGUGGAGUUGGUGAAAGAAUACACAGAGCAGUGCGUUGUGGAGUCUGAUGUUGUUUAGUAAAGGGAUGACAGGAAAGGACGAGGAGCCUCAGAACCCCCUUCCCUUAAAAUUAGACAACAAACUUACAUAAACAGCAAAACCUCCUUCAAAUAUAACACUUAAAAGAAAAUUCAUAAAUCCAUAAAAACUAUCAAUCAAUCUAAAUGAUAUACUCAAAUGGGACGAAAGAUACUUUAAUUUGAUUCCUCUUGAUAAUAUAACUUUCUUGUAGAAUUUAUUUUAAUUUAACAACAAUUAAAAUUUACGAAUUGAAUGAAAAAAAAAAUAAAAUAAAUUGAAGCUUGUUUAGAGUACCUAAUUUAUUUUAGUAUGCAGCACCGUAAACAGCGGCAAUGAUGGUUGGGACAACUAGGGACAUUGUAAUGUGCUCUGGACGAGACAAGAGCAGUAGCAGAUUAAAAAAUAAUGGGGACCCAAGUGACAAUGUUUGUCCUAGUCUCUUCUAUUUCUGUUGGUCACUUGCAGUGAAUGCAUAUUUCCUCGUGCUGAGAUGCGAAGAAAACUGCACAAUCUUUAGGGCACUUUAUGAUCAAAAAUUGGAUCUCACUUUAGUGUCUGUUACUUUUUCAGGAAUUUGGCACUGUAGCUGUUAAUAUAUAGAGGAAAAAAAUAUUUUUAAUUGGAGACUUUAUCAUAAGCUAUCCCUUGUUCAGAACUAAUUUCUCAGUUUUAGUACAGUGUUAUUAAAAGUAAUCUCAUUUUAAACAGUAUUGCUUUUAUAUUUGUUUUAAAUGCU